CCAUUUUGCCUCUCCUCCGCGCUCUCUCUCUCCACACACACACACACACACACACACACACACACACACACACAGACACACACUUCCGAUCUUACAUUUGCUCUGAGAAAUCAGAUAGGAAUCCUGCACCGGCGAGAAAGAAACCCCGAGCAGAUAGAGAUGGAGGCCGUGCAUGAGGGCAAUGGAGGAGGGAGCGGCCUGGUGGUGACGGAGCUGAGCCACAUCAAGGAGCUGGUGAAGCAGCUGGACGUGCACCUGGGGGGCUCGCCCGACCUCUGCAAGCUCCUCGCCCAGCAGAUCUUCGCCGUCACCGAGAGGUCCAUCGGCAUGAUCAGGUCCGGCCACUUCAACGGCCCCAAGCGCCCGGCCGCCGGCGCCGGCCUCGACUCGCCGCCGCUGUCCCCCACGCCCAGCCCCCUCAGCGGCGUCUCCAACACGCCGUUCAAGCCCAACAAGAAGAGGAAGACGUCGGAGAAAGGGGGGCGUCAGAUCAGGGUGAGCUCGGCGGCGGGAGGGGCGGACGCCCCCGCCGACGACGGCCGCAGCUGGAGGAAGUACGGCCAGAAGGACAUCCUCGGAGCCCAGCACCCAAGGGCGUACUACCGUUGCACGUACCAAAAGACUCAGGGAUGCGCGGCGACGAAGCAGGUGCAGCGCGCCGACGAGGACCCGGCGCUCUUCGACGUGAUCUACCACGGCGAGCACACCUGCGUCCAUAAGACGGCGGCGGCGGCGGUGCAGCCGGCCGGGCAGAACCCGGGCGCGGAAAGCCUUCUGCAGAGCCUGAGCUCGAGCCUGACGGUGAAGACCGAGGGGCUCACGGCGGCGGGAGCGCAGGGCUGGAGCGCCACCACGCCCUUCAGCUUCUCCUCGCCGGCGGUGAGCGGCAUGACGCCGCCGGAGCACCACCCGUUCUCCACGCCGUCGACGCCGGAGAACUGCUUCGUGUCGAUGCCCACGUCGCUCGAACCCUCGCCGGCGACCUCGGGCUCGAACCACAUGUGCAUGACCCCGUUCCAUGCGCAGUCCGAGCUCCAAACAAUGGUGUCAGCGCUCGUGGAGGCGACGAGCAUGCCGGCGGCCGGCACGGAGGAGGCUGCCUUCUACACAUUCCAGUCCGAUUGGAGCUUCGACGAUUCUGCCUUGGACGUUAACAACUUCGACGUUUCUGCCUUGGACGUCAAUAACUUCGACGUUUCUGUCUUCUUGGCAUGAGAUGUUUGAAAAGAGAAGAUGAGUAGAAAUUAGAGAAGCAGCUGGAGGUGACCACCCUCUGAGGGACAGAGGAGGGAAGAACACGCCAGUUCUUCCUCAGUGCAGGUCUGAAAUUUAGGACAUAAGAUUAUUGCCUCCCCCUUCACCCCAAUUCUUUUUUCCCCAUUUCCUUUUUGCCACCAGGGCGUCGCAUUGUAUUAUAUUGUUAUGUCAAGGAAAAUAAAAAUCUGUCAUUGGUGUUCUGCA